ACAAGAAGAAGAAGAAGCAGCCACCCCAGUAGCAGUGGAAGUAGUUGAAGCAAGUUCCAUUAACAUGUACCGUCCGAAUUUCUACGAGUCGACCUGCCUGCGCUGCAGCGAGACCGUCUAUCAGGUGGAUCGUGUGGGUCCGCUCAAGGAUUUCACAUUCUUUCAUUCCGGUUGCUUCAAGUGCGUUCACUGCGGCACCAAGCUAACGCUCAAAACGUAUUUCAACAAUCAGCACAAGCAGGAUGACAAAGAGGUCUAUUGCAGUUCACAUGUACCAAAGAGCGGACCCGGUCAUCUCGAUCAGACGUCGGUGGGCAUACGUCAGGCACUGAAUGCGCCGCGCACAAACAAAUUUGUGAACGAGCAAAUACGCGGCACACGCACCGAAGUCGAUGGUGGCAGCGCUGGUGGGCUGGGCUCGCGUCAAUCAACGCCCAACGGCUAUGGCGGCAGGGGGGAGCUGAGCUCCCCCUCCCAAAACGAUUCCGACUACAAAUACGGACGAUUCGAUGCCAGCGCUUUGCAUAUUGCGCAUGCGCUCAAGCAAACUGAAAUACAAAAGGCCUACAACAAAGCGCGCGAGAAGCCCAUCGAUUUUUACUUGGCCCGCGAGGAGCAGGCGCAUCUGGAGAUGAAGCACCGCAAGGAGGAGGACGAUCUGUAUCGGAAGUUCGCACGCAAGCGCGAGGAGGAGGAUCGCAAGAUACAGAGCGAGUUCCAGGACGAGUGGGAGCGCGAGCUGCAGCGGCUGACGCACAAGUUCGAGAAGGAGCUGGCCAUCUCGCGACGCAAUCGAGAUGAGGCCAACAUCCUGACGCUGCGCCACGAGCAGCAGAAGGAGGACCUGGAGAAGAACAUGACGCUGCGCCGCAGCAAGAAGAAGGAGAGCAUCACGCGCAAGAUGCUGGAGCACGAGCGCUACGAGACGGCCGCCCUGGUGGAUCGCCAGUCCAGCGAGAUGCUGGAGCUGAUCAGCGCCCGCCGCUCCGAGUACAUGCAGAGCGAGAGCAUCUUCCUGGACGACGAGUUCAGCGAGGGCACCGUGCCCAUUGAGUAUCCACUGCAUGCUCCGGUGCCGGCGCCGCCCGCUGUCAGCAAGUUUCAGAUCUACACGGAUCCCAUUGAGUUCGAGGACGUCGAUCGCAUCGCCAUUUCGGUGGCCCAGGAGGACCAGAAGACCUUCACGGAUCUGGUGCGCCAGCUCGUCGGCCGCUGCACCACGGACAUCGAGAAGGCGCGCACCAUCUUCCGCUGGAUCACGGUGAAGAACCUGAAUGCCAUGCACUUCGACGACGACCUGAGAGGCGACACGCCCAUGGGCCUGCUGCGCGGCAUCAAGUACGGCACCGAGAGCUACCACGUGCUCUUCAAGCGCCUCUGCAGCUACGCCGGCCUCCACUGCGUGGUCAUCAAGGGCUACUCGAAGAGCGCCGGCUACCAGCCGGGCGUCAAGUUCCAGGACUCGCGCUUUCGCAACUCCUGGAACGCCGUCUAUGUGGCCGGCGCUUGGCGCUUCGUCCAGUGCAAUUGGGGCGCACGACAUCUGGUCAAUGCCAAGGAGGCGCCCAAACAGGGGCGUGGCAAAAAUGAUAGCCUACGCUACGAGUACGACGAUCACUACUUUCUCACGGACCCGCGCGAGUUCAUCUACGAAUUCUAUCCGCUGCAGGAGGAGUGGCAGCUGCUGAAGCGGCCCAUAACAUUGCGCGAAUUCGAGAAUCUUCCGUUCGUGCGCUCGCUCUUCUUUCGCUACGGCCUGCACUUUGCCGACGAGGGCUACGGCGCCGUUGUGUUCACGGACGAUACGGGCGCGGCGACCGUACGGAUUGCCAUGCCCACGGACAUGCAGAGCUGCCUGAUCUUUCACUACAACCUCAAGUUCUACGACAGCGACGAGGAGCUCUCCUACGACGGCGUCUCGCUCAAGCGGUUCGUAAUGCAGUCCGUCAUGGGCAACAUUGUGGCGUUCCGCGUGCAUGCGCCCUGCUCGGGCGCCUUCCUCCUGGACAUCUUUGCCAAUGCGGUGACGCCGCAGGAGUACCUAACGGGCGAGCCCAUGAAGUUCAAGUCUGUCUGCAAGUUUAAGAUCUGCUGCGAGGAGCUGCAGACGGUAAUGGUGCCGUUGCCGGAUUGCGCCAGCGGCGAAUGGGGACCCACCAAGGCGACGCGCCUCUUUGGCCUGAUACCCAUAACACAUCAGGAUCCUCUAAUCUUUGCCGGCCGCAGCCUGGACCUGCAGUUCCGCAUGUCGCGCCCGCUGACCGACUUUAUGGCCACGCUGCAUAAGAACGGCAUCGAGGAGAAGAAGCUGGCCAAAUACGUGACGCACAGCACGCUGGAUGACAUUGUCACAUUUAUCAUUAACUUUCCCGAGGAAGGUCAAUAUGGUCUGGAUAUCUACACACGUGAGCUGGGCGCUCCGCAGCAUCUUUACAACAAUAAUAACAACUCCUCAUCCGGCGAGAAGCAUCUGCUCACGCAUUGCUGUAAAUAUUUAAUCAACUCCUCCAAAAGGAAUUGAGACAAGAACGAAAUGCAAUAUUAAUUCAUAGUCUAAACGUUAAGCAGUUACUAAACUAAACAAUAUUGAUAUAUGAUAUAUC